AUGUGGUUCCCGCUGGAGAGCAAUCCGCAGGUGAUGAACCGCUACAUAAGCACCUUGGGUCUCACAGAUGCCAAGGUGCAGUUUGUGGAUGUGUACGGUGUGUCGGACGAUCUACUUGAAAUGGUGCCUUCCCCGGUGCACGCCGUGCUCCUCGUGUACCCAAUGUGCGAGGCCACGGAGAAACGCCUAGCUGAGCAGCAGGCUGCGCAGACAGAGGAAGUUGCUGCACUUCGAAAAGUGCACCCUUUCUUCUUUACACACCAGCUCGUUUCGAACGCGUGCGGAACUAUUGCCAUCGCGCAUGCUCUCAUGAACAACCGCGAUAAGCUCGGUGAGAUCGCCGCCGGCAGUAUCCUCGACGGCCCAUGGGUGAAGGCGGCAGAGAUGUCGCAAGAUCCCAAGAUCAUCGGGAAACUUAUUGCCGAAGACACGAGUCUCGCCAGCGCUCACGCCGCUGCUGCGCAGGAGGGCACGACCGCCAACCAGCAUAUCGACGCGGACAUCAACCUUCACUUUGUCUGCUUCAUCCCCGUGGGCGGACGCUGCGUCGAGCUGGAUGGGCGCAAAGCCAACCCAACCUUGCACGGUCACUGCACCGACAACAAGUCUUUCCUCACGGCGGCAGCCGCUGCUAUACAGAAACGCAUCGAGCUCAACCCGAACUCCUACGAGUUCGGCAUCACCGCACUCGUGAACAAGUGA